AUGCUCGUGCGUUCCCGACGGAGGGAGCCACGCGAGUGGAUUCGGUCUCUGCUCCGGUUCCGGGCAACGCACGUGGAAUUUCACCAGCUUGUCCGGGACAUGCGCCUCGACGACGGAAGCGACUUCUUCCGAUACUUCCGCAUGACGCCGCAAAGAUUUGACCACCUGCUCUCCUUGAUUGGGUCUCUACUGCAGAAAGAGGCGACUCUCUCCAGGGAGCCCAUAAGCCCUCCAGAAGGUUUGUCGUUUACAAUCCAGUGCCUGGCUCAUGCGUCUUCGCAGCAGCUCGCACCCAGGUGCUGCGGGAUCGGGCGAUCCACAGCCUGCGGUAUCCUACGGGAGACGUGCUCGGCACUGCACCAUGUACUAGACCCUUUCUACCGCCCGGCCCCCAACACUGCCCAGUGGGAGCGGAUCGCAGCAGAGUUUGGCAGGCUGUGGAGCUUCCCGAACUGUGUCGGAGCCCUGGAUGGCAAGCACGUGGCCAUCCAGGCCCUAUCUGGUGCUGGCUCCGACACCUUCAACUACAAGGGUUCUGCAGCACUGCCCUCACGGCCAGCUGCGAUGCCACUUACAAGUUCCCUCUCGUAG